CCAGCGGUCAGGAGAUGAAGCACGAGGACGUAGAGGUGGUCAAUGUCGCUGAUGUGAAAGUUGAAAAUGGUGAACCAGGACCAAACUGUGGCCAGCUGCUGUUGCACACUUCUCCUGAAGCUCAAAACAAAGAUGAGGAAGGGACUGAAAGUUUACACUCAGACUCCAGUAAAACUGCAGAUCCGGAGCCAAUGAGACGACAUGGUGACCACGAAGACGCUGCUGUCCCAUCAGACAGCAACGAGUUCAUUGAAAGUAAUAUUUUAAUGGAUCACAUGAAGAUCCACACUGGCGAAAGGCCGUACCUGUGCAGCACCUGCAACAAAACCUUUACUAGAUCAUCAUAUCUUAAACGCCACAUAACCAUGCACACGGGCGAGAAGCCCUACAUCUGCAAAACAUGUGGAAAAAGUUACACAGAACGUUCCAACCUAGUGAUUCACUCGAGGACCCACACUGGCGAAAGGCCGUACCUGUGCAACACCUGCAACAAAACCUUUACUAGGUCAUCACAUCUUAAACGCCACAUAACCACGCACACGGGCGAGAAGCCCUACAUCUGCAAAACAUGUGGAAAGAGUUACAAGCAACAUUACAACUUGGUGGUUCACUCGAGGACCCACACCGGUGAAAGGCCUUUCGUGUGCAACACCUGCGGAAAAACCUUUACUAAAUCAUCAAAUCUUAAAAGCCACAUAACCAUGCACACGGGUGAGAAGCCCUACAUCUGCAAAACAUGUGGAAAAAGUUACAGGCUACGUUCCCACCUGGUGAUUCACUCGAGGAUCCACACCGGCGAAAGGCCGUACCUGUGCAGCACCUGCGGAAAAACCUUUACUGAAUCAUCAGAUCUUAAAAGCCACAUAGACACGCACACGGCUGAGAAGCUAUAUUUGUGCAAGACGUGCAACAAAGGUUUUAGCCGCAGAAUUGAUUUGCUGAGUCACAUGAAAAAUCACCCGGAGGAGAAGUCUGGUGACUCGUGACAAAUGAAGCUCAUGUUGUCGUCCUCCGGGGGCAGCUGUCCACUCCUGUCUGACCCACAGAAGAAGAACCUGCAGAAGUCCAACCACCACCUCCUGUGGCUGAUGAGCCUAAUC